GAAGAGGCUCAUGAAGCCUCCAGCAGGUUAAUGAUUACAGUAGGUCUGCUUAUCAUAGCUUCAUAGCUCACCCUGCACUGUGUGUCAGAGACGGACAGCAAGUAGCCUCAGUGUGUUAGUGGUUGUGUGGCAGCAAUGGCAGGACAGUGUGUGUGUGUAUCAGACUUUGAGGAACAAGCCAGGAAAGUGCUUCCUAAAGCUGUGUAUGACUACUACUGCUCAGGAGCAGAUGAGCAAAAAACUCUGGCUGACAAUGUGGCUGCCUUUAGCAGGUGGUAUCUUGUUCCUCGAGUGCUGAGGGAUGUGUCCACAGUGGAUCUAUCCGUCUCUGUGCUGGGCCAGAAGCUCAGCAUGCCCCUCUGUGUUGGAGCCACAGCAAUGCAAAGGAUGGCUCAUCCUGAGGGAGAGACCGCUACAGCAAGAGCAUGCAAAGCAGUGGGAACAGGGAUGAUGCUGAGCUCAUGGGCCACUUCCACUAUAGAGGAAGUGAUAUCAGCAACAACAACCUCCCUGGAAAGUGGGGGUGUCCUCUGGAUGCAGCUUUACAUCUAUAAAGACAGAGAGCUUACACUAUCAUUGGUACGCCGGGCAGAGAAAGCGGGCUAUAAGGCUAUCUUUGUUACCGUGGACACACCAUACCUGGGAAAGAGAUUGGAUGACAUGCGCAACCGCUUUAAAAUGCCCCCACACCUGAGCUUGUCUAACUUCUCAACUGCAUCCCUGGCUUUCUCUGAGGGAAACUAUGGCAAUGACAGUGGCUUGGCUGUGUAUGUUGCAAAAGCAAUAGACCCUGCUAUCUGUUGGGAUGACAUCACCUGGCUGAAAAGAAACACACACCUACCUGUGAUUGUGAAAGGAAUUCUGAACGGUGAGGAUGCUCUUCAGGCUGUGAGAUAUGGUGUCAAUGGCAUCCUUGUGUCCAACCAUGGAGCUCGACAAUUGGAUGGAGUUCCUGCUACGUUGGAUGUGUUGGAGGAAGUAGUGACAGCAGUGCAGGGCUGCUGUGAUGUCUACAUGGAUGGAGGAGUGAGACGAGGGACAGACGUCCUGAAGGCCUUGGCUCUUGGAGCAAAAGCUGUCUUCAUCGGCCGACCAGUUCUAUGGGGUCUUGCCUGUCAGGGAGAACAAGGAGUUACUGAGAUUCUGGAACUUCUAAAAGAGGAGCUGCGACUAGCUAUGGCCCUGUCCGGUUGUCGCUCUGUAGCUGAGGUGAGCAGAUCCCUGGUCAGGAGAAUGGAGUUCACCUCCAGGAUAUGAGAGAAUAAUCUUCGGCAGAAAUUACAGGACAACACAUUUUUGAUGGCUCACUGGAUACAUUCAAUUGUCAAAUUAGUUUGCUGUUUUUUGCACUCAUGUCAUGUUAGUGAAAAAGAACUGCAAGAACUGGUUCCAUUAAAAUCCUAUACCAUCAAAUCUGA